GUAAGUACUUCUCCGAUCUUACUUUGUUUAAAGUAUGAUGUUUUGGUGUGUAUUUCCCUUAGUGUGCUCAAGUAACGGCCUUAGAGGUUAUCGUGGUACCUUACCGAUAAAUCGACAUAUCUACAACCGUAUGUAUGCAGUGAUAGUCAACCCAUUCAGGAAGCUCUGGUGAUGAAUCGUCAAUUUUCACAAAGUGCUACUCUUCUGAGAGUGCUGCGGGACACAGGGCUAGCCAGUUCCACAAAUGUUCCACCUCAUUUAAUGAGGUAAAAUAACCCAGUGCUUCGGUUCUCACAGAGCGAUGGAGAACACGCGCCCCCCGAAUCACAUAUCCCCAUCAGCCUCGCCGCCGCCGCCGCUCGGCCUCUGCCCCAGCUCCGCCACCCUCAUCGCCCUGCCCUGCCUCUACAGCAUCCUCUUCCUCACCGGGUUGCCCGGCAACACGGUGGCCCUGUGGGUGUUCCUGCGGCGCAUCUCCGACCGCGCCCCCACCCAGGUGUACCUGAGCCACCUGAGCGCGUCCAACCUGCUGGUCUCCCUGACCGCGCCCUUUAUGGCCGUGUACUACGUCCAGGCGGCCACCCGGCCCGCCGCCAGCCUCCUGUGUCAGCUGGUGCUGCACGGCGCCACGCCAAUGCUCCACAUCAACAUCCAGCUCAGCGUAGGCCUCCUUACCUGGGUGGCCCUCAGCCGCCUGGCCGCCCUCACCCGGUGCACGCCCGGCCACUUUGCCCAGCGCUGGUGUCCUGCCUUCUUGGACCGUCUGAGGAGGGCUUCCUUUGCCCAGAGGGUGUGCGUGGGUGCGUGGGUGCUGGUGGUCGGGGCCACCACUUUUGUGACCCUGUAUUACUCCCUGACGGAGACCCGGAGCGGUCGCGGCCCGGAGCCCGGUCGGGGAGGAGGGGCGAACCACAGCCGUGUGUCAGGCGAUAAGGAGGAAGAGGAAGUUGCGCUGUGUUUCAGUCCAGCCACAGAGCUGGGUGGAGUUCUGUCCAAAGUCGGCCAAGUGAUCACUAUCACGCUGUUCUUUGCGUGUUUCCUGCUGGUGCUGCUGUGCUACGUGCUGCUGUUGGAUCAUGUCAGACGUGCGCGACGCAACAUCCAAAUGGCCUCCACCAAGGGCCUGCUUCGAAGGGUGUUCCGCAACAUCAUGGUCAUCAAGAUGGUGCUAAUCUUUUGCUUGCUACCGUACAAUGUCUACAAGGCCAUUUUCAUCUCCCUGGUCAUUGAUCGAGGUCUUUAUUCCUACAGCGCUAGUCAAAAGACCCAGCACUGCCAUCCAUUCUCCAGCCUUAUUGAGGUAAACACAUCGCGUGUCCUUUUAGCAAUUCAAUCUUCGUAUUACAGGUACCGAUGCACUAUGGUUUUCAUCCUUAUUCAUCUUUUUAUUUAUCUUGCAGAUCAAGAAUCUCCUUCUACUUUUGGCCAUCAUGCGGGGAUCCUUGGAUCCUGUGAUCUAUUUCCUGUUGGACAAGAGUUUCCGGAAACAAACCCUUAUUCUCCUGGGGCUAAGGACUCAGACCUCCACGCCCCAGGACGGGAGAGCUGCUCAGCUGCCUGGGCUGGCCGAGCUGGGUACAGACACUCCAUCCGCAGACAACAUGCUGUAAGCCUGUGAGUGCUUUAUAAGCUUGUGGUUCUUCCCACUAGUCCAUGGACAUUUCUGUGCAAAUGUAAUGUAUUUUUGGUAACAGUCGAUUGUAACUUUUCUAUGUUACAUUUUACAUGAAUGAAGGCCUGUUAUCUGUAGGGUUACAUUACUGUGUCUGCCUGUAUACAUGCCUGUGUCUGCCUGUAUACUGUAUAUAAGUUUGCCACGGACUUUGCGAUCCAUGAAAAUCAUUGUUUUUGUGUAUGUUUGAGAAACUGAUUCAAUGCACGGGACCAAAAUUGACCAAAUAAUAGAAAAUAUGUUUUAAAAAUAUAGCAUUUUCUUCUAACUUCAAUACACACUGCAGAAAGCUUAUCGUUUUGACUCAAAAUCUAUUUCUAAGGUGUGUACAUGAUCAUAUAUUAACGUGUCUGAAAACACGACCGAUUUAGCAUAGUUCAAAACACCCAGUUCACAUAUAUCUGUCAGAAGAACUAAUGGAAUUUG